UCCCGCCGAACGUUGAGCGUUGAGUAUGAGACAAGUUCAUGUAUUACGGUUUCGACGAUUAUGUCUCGUAUCCUAAUAUUUAUAUUCACCUUACGGUAUUUAUAUGGAUACUGUAACAUUUGCGGUAGUUUAAGUCUAAGAAAUUCUGUUACACAGUUAGCAAAAUUAGAAAAUUGUAGUGAAAUAGCUGGUAAUUUAGAAAUUUUUAUAAUGCUCGAGAAUACAGAAAGUGAUUUUGAGAAUGUAGUUUUUCCCAAAUUAAAGACAAUAUCGGGAUACUUAAUUUUUUAUAAUAUACCGUAUUUGACUUCCAUUGGACAAUUGUUCCCUAACUUGUAUCAAAUACGCGGAGUGAAUUUGUUUAAGGAUUUUUCUCUGAUCAUAUUCGAAAUGCCGCAUUUACAACAGAUUGGAACAACAAAUCUCCUUUCAAUUGCAAGAGGAGCAGUGAAAAUCGAUAAUUGUCCAAAUAUAUGUUUUGUGAAUACAAUUAAUUGGCAAAAUUUGGGAGUGAAUACUGUAAAUUUCACAAAAACUGCAACUAAUGUAACGUGCGAAGAAUGUCCUGAAAGAUGCAAUGGUUAUUGUUGGAAUUCUAACGAGUGCCAGAAGCCAAUCGAGAGAUGCCAUAGUGAAUGCAUAGGCUGUUUUAAACCUAAUUCACCUAAACAUUGUAAAGUGUGUAAACAUUUUGAAGAUGAUGGUGUUUGUGUUAAUGAGUGCCGACCAGGAAAGUACGUUUUUCCUAUGUUGAAUAAAUGUGUUACCAAAGAAGCUUGUCAGAACAUUCUACCCGGAAUAUGGUGGAUCAAUAACGGAUACUGUAUAUCCGAAUGCCCGGAGUAUCAUCAAGUUGGAACCGCUCGGGUUUCGAAUACUGAUCAAUUGGAUUAUACAUGUGAAUAUUGUGGAAAUAACUGCACUAAAACAUGUAAAGCUCCAGAGGAAAUUGACGCUCUGGGUACACUACAGAAACUUUUAGGAUGUACACACAUCAAUGGCUCUUUGAUAAUCAAAAUGUCCAGUGUGGAACCUGUGGAUCUAUAUAAAUAUUUAGGUUCUGUUAGGAAUAUCAGUGGUAUGUUUAUGAUGACCAGAACCGUUAGAGUUAGUUCUCUAGAUUUUUUGAAAAAUCUAACAUAUAUUGGAACUGACACAAGCGAAGAAAUGAAAAUGUAUGCCAACUACAGUAUAUUUAUGUAUGGGAAUCAAAAUCUUCAGCAGUUAUGGAAUUUUACUUUACUUAAUUUGACUCUUAAAGGUACAAUAGGUUUUCACAACAAUCCUCUUCUUUGUCCAUCGGAAAUAGAGAAAUUAAAAAACGUUACCAACAGUAGUUACAGCGAAAGGGACGCCCCUUAUCUGUCUAACGGUGAUAAAGCAAGCUGCGUUACCAAAGAUGUCAACGUGAUUGUGUCGCCCUAUUCAACAAAAGCCGUUCUUUCUUGGGAUCCUCCCCCAUUAGAGAAAGAUGAAUCGUAUGUGGGUUUUACAGUAUUCUAUAAGAAAGGCAAAGAUGAAAACGCGACCACAUUUGACAGUAAAGAUGUUUGCGUAGUAAAUGAAUGGACAAGCGUGUUUUCUAAUACCAAUUAUACCACUCUGACCAAUUUAAUCCCAAACUCAACUUAUUCUUACUAUAUAAAGCUAUAUCUGUCGUCGAAUUCGUCUAAUACAGAAAAUUCUCAAAGUAGUCUUAAAUAUUUUCAAACUCUAUCCGACGAUCCCGACGGCUUUGAAUAUUUAUCUGUAACACCUAUUGAUCAUCAAAGUGUUAUGCUCAAUUGGGAAAAACCUUUACUACCGAACGGGAUUUUGGCUCAUUAUAUACUAGAUUAUGAUGAGUUGGCCGAUGAAUGGAUUUUUGAAAGAGAUUACUGCCAAUACCCUAAAACCACAAAAGGAGGAAAAGUGGAUGACGACGAAACUGAAAGCUCCUUCCGAAUAAACGGGAAAGGAUUUGACAGGACCAAUUCAAUCAAACUCCAAGAUGAUAAUUGCUCUUGCGCUGUACCGAAAGGAAAAGAAAGUAAUAUCGAUUACACAAUUAUUACAACUGAUCGUUUAUGUCAUACUUUAGCAAAUUUUGGGAUGCAGGCAUGUAAAAAUGUACAGUACUAUUCUGAUGAUAGUUAUCCGGUCAAAGAAAAAAUAGAAAAAAGAAACAGCAACAAUCAACAUAAAAAAAUAAUUCCUGCCAAUGAGACGAUGUUCAAUGUAACACAUCUCCGUCCAUUCACUUUAUACAUUUUUUACUUUUCGGCUUGUAAUUAUCCCAUAGAACAACACCGUUGCAGCGGAGUAUUACAAAGAUUUGCAAGAACUAAGAAAAAACCAAAUGCGGAUGAUGUUGAAGAUUUAACUGUAGAACGUGUAACUGAAUCUUCUGUAAAAAUAUCUUGGGUAGCACCAAAACACCCAAAUUCUCACAUAGUAGCUUACCAUGUUAGUUUAACUACAUCGGAUUCUACAAUAAUAAAUAGCGAAUGUAUACCAGUAAACGCAUCCCAGAAAAAUUGGCGACAGUUUUCAGUAACUUAUGUUUUAUUAUCAGGAGGGUACACAGUUUCGGUGAAGGCGGAAUCGUUGGCCGGGCUAUCUGAUAGAAGUAAAUCACAAGCAUUCGAAGUUGAUUCUGUUAACAAUCAUGUUCUUUUAAUGGCAGUUACUAUUACUUGCGUUAUUUGUUUUGCCGCAACAAUCACGCUUUAUUUAUGUUUUAAAAAAUUCAAAAGUUCUCAGUUACAACGUUUAAUAAUACAACCGAAUCCCGAAUAUGAAGUAUUUACAUCCUAUGUACCAGACGAAUGGGAGAUGAAGUCAGAAGAUAUUGAAAUACUCCACCUUUUAGGUCACGGAACAUUUGGUACGGUUUAUCAAGGAAUAAUUAAAAGAAAUAAUUAUCCUUGCGCAGUUAAAACUGUCAAUGAAAAUUUAAGUCCUACAGAAAAACAUAAAUUCUUAACCGAGGCUUCUGCCAUGAAAAGUUUCAACGGUUGUCACCAUGUAGUUAAAUUGUUGGGAGUGGUAUCUACUAGGGAUCCUCCUUUAGUUGUUAUGGAAUUGAUGGAGAGAGGCGACUUAAAAACUUGGUUGAGGGAAACUCGAGAUUCGUCUCAAAAUUUAACCUCAAACGAAAUAUACCGUAUGGCUGUGGAAAUAGCGGACGGUAUGGCAUAUCUCGCUGCUAAAAAAUUCCUUCACAGAGAUUUAGCUGCUAGAAACUGUAUGGUAGCUGCUGAUCGUACCGUGAAAAUAGGAGAUUUCGGUAUGGCUAGGGAUAUUUAUGAGACUGAUUAUUAUAGAAAAGAAACCAAAGGUCUGUUACCUGUUCGAUGGAUGGCACCAGAAAGUUUAGCAGACGGAGUUUUCACUACAGAUUCUGAUGUAUGGAGUUAUGGAAUAGUGUUAUGGGAGAUAGCAACAUUAGGCGAACAGCCCUACCAGGGUUUGUCUAAUGAACAAGUAUUACAAUUUGUGAUAUCCAGAGGUCGCCUAACUCGUCCACAAGAAUGCUCCGAUUUACUUUAUGAUAUCAUGAGGAGUUGUUGGUCAUGGCGACCCAGUGAUCGACCUUCUUUCUGGGACAUUGUAGAACUCCUAGAAGACAAAGUAUCAGAAGACUUUAAAUUAGUAUCAUUUGUGCAUAGUCGUGAAGCAUCUUUAUACAGUCGCCAAAGAGUGGAAAAUCCUCCGGCUUUAUGUGUAGAGCCCAGAGAAGAUCUUCUUUGUCAUUAUAAUGCUGAUGAUGAAGAAGUUAGUUUACAUGUUGGACGCGUUCCUAGACGACCCAGUUACCUACAAACUUCUUUGAACCAAAGGAGAUUUUCACCGACUGGUGAAUUUUACUGAGGAAUAUUCUUCAUAUUUGAUGAAGGACAAACCAUCAUAUCUUACAAAUAUAAGCCAUGUGUUCCGUAUAUUAACUCAAUGUGAUAUCUAAAUGUUAGUCAUUAAAAAUUACCUAAUUGUAAUAAAUAAUAAGGACGUUGUUAAUGGAAUUAAAUUCAAAACUAUUUUUUAUAAAUGUGUCAAAUAUUGUUGUAGGUAUGAAAUAGUUCCUUUUAAAACAAGAAACUUUAUGAAAUAGUGAAUAACAUAUCAUAAAAUUUCAAAAGUAAUCAAUAUCAUACUAUAUUUUGAAAAAAAUAUUUUGCAGAUUAUAUAAAUUAUAAUUUUGCUAUAUAACUGAUAUAAGUACAAGAACCGCUAGUGUUAUACAAAAUCAAAGUUCAGUUAAAUUUAUAAUGUUGAUACCAAAGCAUCCUUCUUAGUCGUUCGCUCCAUUUAAAGCAUCGUCAUUUCAAGUACUUCCAUUCCUUCUGUUCUUCGGCCAAUUGAAAUUCUAGGCUGAUGGUUUUGCAUGCUAGACUUAUGUUUAGAAUGAAUUGAUUUACUCUCAUUCCAAUUUUCUACUCCGGAAAGCAAUUUUAUUAUAUCUGUAUCCUUACGGUCUAGCACUCCGAUCCAAACAUAGAAGCUAAAAACAAGAAACUCUGUUGAAUCUCAUUAUAGUUUUGAGGAGUAUUUGUGGCGUUUCCAUACUAUAGUUAGUUUGGAUAUCGAGCUUUUCCUCUUUAUCUGUUCAAUGGAUCAAUACUGUGGAGCUUAAUUAAAUGAAAAGGACUUCUGCGUUAAUUAAUAAACUUGUUACGUCACUUCUUAUAUAACUUUGGAAAUCCAUCCAAAUAUUCCAUCACUGGUUUUCUUCACUUUCUGUAUAAUGUUGACCAAUUUUAGGUCUGAUAAUACAAUUAGAGACGUAUCAUCAGCAAACCUUAGUAACUGAUAUCUUGAUGCCAUAUAGACAGUUACUUCUCCUUGCUAAUAAUCAAGUUCCUUUAUCAUCAUCCACUAGCUAUUGAUGUUGAAGAUUAAUGUACUGAAUAUUCAUCCCUGUCUUAUUCCCUGAAGGGAUUAAUUCUAAUUCUUGUGACUGUGUUGUUGUAUCAAGGCAUGUACAAACGAGAAAAAUUAGAUCUAAUCCUAAGAACCAGUCAUAUUAUUUUCAAGUCAAUUAACUAUUAUAAAAAUUGUAUCAAAAGAAAAUGGGAUUUAAGACAUAUUAUUUAGGAAAUACAUGAUUUUAUUUAUGCUAGGGGGUAGUAAUGCUAAAAUUCUCUAUAUUUUUUAUACUUUAAUAGCCCAACAAAAUAACGUGACUUGUUACCCUAAUAACAACCAAUUUAUAAAGCCGCUACCACACGAUGUGUCCAAUGCUUCUAACAUUGGACACUGGUAUGAUUGGACGCAUCGUGUAGUUGUAGUGCGCAUAUCAUUUUACGAAAAGUUUGUUUCCAACUUUGGCAUUGGAACGUUGGGCAUGGAAAAUCGAUUUAUUUUACUCGCAUCAAAGAAGUACCCAAUAUUGGAAUGAAGUAGGAUCGAACACUUGUGGUACAGCUACACACACUUCUUGUUCUGUUGCGCGUGAAUGCUACGUGUUUUGUAUGAAAAACCAAAGCUUCCAUUAUCAUCCAGUUUAUUUUAAGAUAAUUUAUAUCUGUUUUAUGCUGUUUAUCUAUUUUUUGCUACGUUUUUAUUUCUAUAAGUAAAUUUAGGUAUCGUUCCAGCCUUCGUCCAAUGUUCAGCCAACAUUGGACGCAUUGUGUAGUUGCAGUACUGCAUCCAGCCUUCCUUCCAAUGUUUAGGCGUACGUUAAAACGCGAAUUUUGGUGCAAACGUUGAAAGCCUCGUAUAGAACCGGCUUUAUACAAGAUAGUAUCGAUAUAAGUCAUAAUAAUUGAAUGUUAGAAGCUUAUGAUCAUUUCAAAAAAUUCAAACUUGAUUCGUAGAACUAAUCAGGGUUUUCUGAUGAAUGAAUCAAUUCAGUUUGUGUAUGUACUUAUUUCCGUAGAGCUUUUUGAUAUUUUUACAUUACGUUGAGUAUUAUUAAAAUUAUUAAAAUGUUCAUAGAAAAAUAAAAAUACUGCGUUGAUAUUUCUGGAAAACGGAGGGAACAUUUACUUUUGUUAUCUUCUAUAUACACAUGUAUUUACAAAACAAUUAAGAAAUUAUAAAGACACGGCAUACUUAACAAAGUUUUUAAAAUACUGAAACCUCAGUACCACCACUACACCAACACUCACAAUUACUCUGUCUGACGAGCGUUUCGAUAGGUAAUAGGUUUCGACAAUACAUGAUUUCCCGGUCCGUCCUUAUUUCAAAUGAGCUAUGUGCUCUUUAAGCCGGACAAUCAUGGAUCUCUUAGUCUGCCCAAUAUACUUUCCGUCACAAUCACCAGAGCUAAUUUCAUCUAUACCACUCUUUUCCAAAUUUGGUAUUUUGUCCUUAGGAUUGCACAACAAUUGUUUUAAUGUAUUGUUGGAUUUAUAAACCAAUUCCAAACCCACACCCAAACAAGGAAAAUUUGCUUUGAUACCUUUCAAUCCUCUUUAUACAAAAGGAUUGGAAGGAAUAUUUAGCAGAUUGUGUUUCAAAUUGGUUUAUAAAUUCAACAAUGUAUUAAAACAAUUGUUGGGCAAUCUUAAGGAUAAUAUACCAAAUUUGGAAGAGUGGUAUAUAUGAAAUUAUAACCGAUCACGGUUAUAAUAUAUUAAUAAUGUGAAAUUGUUAAAAAAUUUAUUCAAUAAUAAAUUGUUGGAUGCAUUCGAAACCAUUGAAAUUGCUAAAUGUGAGAGUAGCUUAAGUAGGGACAAAGGACCAAUUCCUUACAGCCCAGUUUAGUAGUCAAGGAAUGAAUGUGAAGAUUCCGUCAAGGAGUUUUUUCCCGCUGGAAUUAAUUUUCGCGGGAGAAGGUUAUUGGUGGGAAAAUUUAGUAUAAAACAGAUAAGUCAAGUCAUUUUUAUUUUUUAGUUUUAGUUUAUCUUCAGUCUCUGUACUCGCGUCAGACAAUGUAAUCGUGAGUGUUGGUGUAGUGGUGGUGUAGCCUCAAGGGUUGAAAUAUUUGGUAAUUUUCCGGAUAAACGGGAAUCCAUAUAACUAAUAGCAAAAUAAUUAAGUUUCCACUGUAAAUGUAAAUUAAGUCGGUGUAGUUAUAACCAGGCUAUAAAUAACACAACCCCUUUAAAUGCUACAGAAUAUUACUCCCGCUUUCAUGUUGUUCUUGCGUUAAUAUUUAACUUAUUAUGCACAUUACACUAAACUUAUUUACUACUAUUUACUACUACUAAAUUGAUUUCGUGCAGUGAUGUAAGUAAUUAGAGAUAAAUAUAAAUUCGCCUUAGAAUGUGCUAAAGUUCAUUUUAAAAUUUUUUCUUAGUAUUCCAACUCUUAUUUUUCUCGUAUAACGUAUUAUACCAACUAUGUACCUGUCGUUUACUAUAAGAUUUGUAUGUACAACCAAAAUAAACUAAUUAAUUCCUACCUAUUGUAUAGUGUAUAUUUAGAUAUAGAGUUUUUAUUUUUUUAAGAUACAUUGAAUUUAAAAACAAUAAAAAAAUAAUUUUCACAGUAAUGUUCUGUGACUAUUUUAUAUUAUGUAAUUUGGAAAAUAUAUUUAUUACUAAUACUAAAUAUUUACCAAGUAAAGUUCAUAUUUCUUUUUUCGAGAAGAUAAUUAAUCAAAUUUCCAAAAAUUUCUUAUGGAUAUUGUUAGUGAUUAGUUCGGAUAAAAAGGAAGGGACCAAAGUAAAAUAAACAUGUUAAUUGUGCUGUUUCAGAUGUAUGUAAUAAAAACUAUUUGUUUUUCAUUUCAAA